GUCAGCAGCCAAUCAGAAGCGUCCAGGUCAGCGGAGGAGAAGAUGGCGGCGGCAGCAUCUCGGAGCGGGAGGAGCGCGCUGCUGGAGAAGUGGAGGAUCGAUGAGAAACCAGUAAAGAUUGAUAAAUGGGACGGAGCAGCUGUGAAGAAUUCUCUGGACGACGCUGCCAAGAAGGUGUUGUUGGAGAAGUUCGGUUACGUGGAGAACUUCCAGCUGGUGGACGGGCGUCUGAUGAUCUGCACCGUUUCCUGUCUGUUCGCCAUGUUGGCGCUGGUCUGGGAUUAUUUACACCCGUUCCCUGAGUCCAGACCCGUGUUAGCCUGCUGCGUCAUCUCGUACUUCAUCAUGAUGGCCGUCCUGACUGUCUACACGUCGUACAAGGAGAAGAACAUUUUCCUGGUGGCUCUGAACAGAGAUCCGACUGGAAUGGAUCCCGACCACAUGUGGCAGCUCAGCUCCUCCCUCAAACGGUUCGACGACCAGUACACGCUCAGAGUUUCCUUCACAGACGGGAAGUCGAAGAACUCGAGGGAAACGGAGUUCACCGAGUCGGUGUCGGCGUUCUUCGACAUCAACGGAACGCUGGUGAUGGACCAGUUUGAAAAGUCUGUUUCCAAACUGCACGACACGCUCGCCAUGGACAAGAAAACAAAAUAAAUCAGCACAACGUCGCCGGAGGAGGAGGAGGAGGAAGGUGUGAGAGGCUCCUCAGUUAAUUGGUUCUCAUCUCGUUAAAAUCUGCUGUACUCAAAGAGUCUGUGAUGCCACAUGUGGUUGUUCGUAACCAUGGUAACCGUGUGUGUCAUCGGGUAAAAACAUGUUUUAAAACAUUUUUCUUCAGAAUCGUGCCUCAUCGUUUCGUUUCUAAAGCUGCGAGUUGUUCAGCUUCUUCUUCUGAUUCGUCUGAAAUGUCUGGAAUCGAUACUUUUGUUUUGAAAGUCUGAUGCAGCUUCCUGUGUCUGUGCAGCUGGAUUCGUUUAGUUUUUUCAGAUAUAAAGUGAAAACAAAUAAAGUUCCUGAAUCAUU